GGAUAGAGCGGGGUCACUCGUAUUUGCGAAACGGAUCAUGUGUCCAUCAAAUGGACCGGCCACCAGAUUGCGCUUCUUAAGCUCCCUGAGAAACCGCUGCAAACUGGAGGAGGGAUAGUGCAAUUUGGAGGGUGAACAUCAGCCGAACAGGAGUUCGGUUGUGGCGAGCAAACGGGAGGAAUAUUCCAACAAAACAAAGAGAAACCGAAACUCGUUCAUCUGUGAAACUUCAACUCACAGAGCAUGCAACUUUCACAAGCGUGGGCUUUGCAAGAGGCUGACGCCUAAUUAAUAAUAAUAAAAAAGCAUGAGAUUUUAAGUACAAGCAGAAGGUGAGAAGAUUGAUUCCAUUGAAGAAUUAGAUGUUAAUAAGUGUAUCAGCCAUGAUCCUGAUUAAAGCAGUAAUCGUUCUUCUACAUGCAUGCAUUUUGACCCUGGGACAACCACUGAAACAAGCAAGAUCUCCAAUUAUAUCCAACAAGCCAUUUAUAACUGUGUGGAAUGCCCCUACUGCGGCCUGCCAAUCCUUGUUUGGUGUUAAUCUCAAUCUGGAAAUUUUUGACAUAAUUGCAAAUCAAAAUGACUCCUUAAUUGGACAAAAUAUUGCCAUCUUUUAUGAAAAUAAGCUGGGCUCUUACCCCUAUUACACAGCAAGUGGAAUUUCUGUAAAUGGGGGUGUCCCACAGAAUGCCAGUUUGAAAGACCAUCUUGCAAAGGCCCAAGUGGAUGUGAAAAAGCUAAUACCUCUGAAAGACUUUAGCGGAUUGUCGGUCAUUGACUGGGAGGCUUGGAGGCCCUCCUGGAUGAGGGACUGGGAUCAGAAAGAUAUUUACCAUAAAAAAUCAGAAGAGCUGGUGCGAACAAAACAUCCUGAUUGGCCUGAGAGUCAGGUGCUCGAGCAAGCACAAACUGAAUAUGAACAAGCUGCCCGUGAUUUUAUGGCAUUGACAUUGAAUUUGGCAAAAGGCCUUAGGCCUGGGGGCUUGUGGGGCUAUUAUGGCUUUCCCUGUUGCUAUAACACUGUCAUUUCCAAAAAUUACACUGGAGAAUGUCCAGCUAUUGAGCUGGAGAGGAAUAACCAUCUGAUGUGGCUCUGGAGAGAAAGCAUGGCCUUGUAUCCAAACAUCUACCUGGACCUUAAACUUCAAUCAACAGAGAAUGCACACAAGUUUGUUCAUUAUCGAAUCAAAGAGGGACUCCGCCUUGCUCAACUGGGAGCAAAUCACAGCUUGCCUGUCUUUCCAUACGCUCGGAUUGUGUACGCCAACUCCACAGACUUCCUGACUGAGAUUGACUUGGUCCACACAAUUGGAGAGAGUGUAGCAAUGGGAGCUGCAGGGAUUGUCCUUUGGGGGAACUCAGAUUAUGCCAAAUCUCAGGAAUCCUGCCUUGCUCUGAAAGCAUAUAUCAAUGAAACACUGGGUAACUAUAUUGUUAACGUAACAAAUGCUGCAAUUAUCUGCAGUUGGUUGUUGUGCACAGGCCAUGGCAGAUGUGCACGAAUGAACAAUAAUACCUACUCUUAUCUGCAUCUAAACCCAGACAUCUUUAGAAUAAGUGUGAACCCUUCAGACAAAGGGCCAGCAUUUAUCCUGCGACAGAAGGCUGAGAAGGACAUGAGAGAAAUGGCGGCCACAUUUCAUUGCCACUGCUACAAUGGAUGGACAGGGGAACACUGCGAGAUUACAAAUGGAUAGACCUGCGACGCUGUGUAGCCUUUUAACGAGUGCUUAAAGUGAGCAAACACCAACCUGCAGCAAUGGCUUACUUUCUUUUUCAUUGGUGGAUUUACGUGGUUGAAAUAAAUACAAAAAAUAUUGUAAGUACUAAGCAGGUCUGGCAAAAAAAUAUCCAAAGAAUUGCGGAUGCUGGAAAUCAAACAAAAUCAGACGUUGUUGGAAAAUUUCAGCAGGUCAGGCAGCAUCUGUGGAGAGGCAAAAAAAGGAGUUAACAUUCCAGUGAGCUUCCUUCAGAACAGUGGCAGCAUGGGUGAGGGAAAAAAACAGAGUUCAUGUUUCAGGGGUUUUAGCUCUCAUUUUCUGUCUAUAGACGCUGCCUGAUCUGAAGUGUAUUACCAGCAUUUUAUGUUUCAACUUUAGAUUUCCAGUAUUUGCAGUGUUUGUUUUUGUGUCAUACAUACAUAUGAACAAGCAAUUUAGGAGCAGGUGUAGGACACACAGCCCCCUCGAGCCUGCUCCGCUAUUCGGUAAAAUCACACAUGAUGUGAUUAUUCCACAUUCCCACCAAUCUCAAAGACUGGGUUCAUUUGGGAUUUACAUCUGGAACCACCUACACCCAAAGUGAGAACAUACCAAUAGACCAAUAAAUUUGCUUUCGUCUGGUGUCAUCAGCAUGUACACAAUAAGUAUUCAAUAAAAUAUUUUUUCCCA